GCAAAUGUAAACAAGACAGAGGAGUUUGAGAACAGAGUCCACCCGCUGUUAUACUGAAAAAAAACUGCGUUAUUUAUUUCUUUGACGGCGUUAAUUUAAUUCAUUUUCGAGAUUAAGUGACAAAUUCAUCUUUUACUCGAGAGUAUUUCCGUGUCGUCAAGAGACGACGUACAUGGAUACUAUACUAGUAAGCUGCUAGCUAGACUUAGCUUAGCCGCCUUGGUGAUAUAGAUUCGCCGUUAUUUUGUACUUCGCAGUAAUGCCGCAGGAAGAAGAGCCGUCUCUCCCGCUGGUGCGGUCUCUGAACAGUCGUAUUCCCAUUAAAACUGUGUUUUGUAAUCGCAGUCCCCGUGUGGCGCGACCAAUUUGGAUAGACUUUCUCGGGGAACCUCGGGCAUACAAGGAUUUACAGCCUGGAAAAGGACGGGAAAUGAACACAUUCACUGGACAUCCGUGGAUGUUCAGGGAUGCAGAGACUGACGAGCCACUGCGUGUAAACGGCAAAGAGAUGUAUCUCCCUAAAUCAGCAGAGGGUGCGUUGGCUAACAUCACUUUACCAGUCUACAGCCUGAAGGAUCGUGCUCUGCAGGUCAUUCGACAACUGGUACAACCAGAAGACUACAGGAAGUUGGAAAUAGCUCAAAGUCUCCAUGAGGAGCUGGAAGAUCAGCCCAGUGUCUCGAAAGAUCUGCGUCGCAUGAAUCAGCGAGUGGAGCAACAUUUGCUGGAGAGGAUUGAAGGCCAGGAGAAAUGAGGCAUGAAACUGGAUGGCUUUAAUAGUCACUUAUGGACAGCAUUGUCUGAUUUCAUACCAUUAGACUGUAGAGGACCCUAAUGGGGAGAUAAAAGCUUAGAGCAAGUACCGGGUGAGCUGUUGAAUGGACCGUUCAAGACAUCUUAUAUGUGCUGUACAGUUUGGACUGCUUUCUCAUAAUAUGAACUUUGGCAAAUGUUGCAAAUAUGUACUGUUGGCAGGAAAACAAUUAAAGUAGCCUUUACUUUUUGUAAGAUGAUAUGUUUUACAUUGUAAUGACAAUUCCAAAAAUUCAAAGAAACAUUUUUUUUCCACUUACAUAUAGGUAUUUACUGAUUCUUGAGGAUUUCAGUAUUUAUGUAGUGAGGCCACUGCAGAGGUUGCUAAGUUAGCCCUUGAUGGCUAAUUUCACUGAUUGGGAUAAUUAGGCUAUGUUCACACUGCAGUCGAAUUCCUGAAGAUCAGAAACAUUUUCUGAUUUAGAAACACAAAUGAAAGUGUCCAGAAUGUGAUAUAAAAAAGAUAUAUUGCACCUGACUUGUGCUGCUUACACUGGCAGAAAAAAACAGAUCUGAGUCAAAUAUGAGCAAAAAAAAGAAAAAAAAUCUGAUUUGGGUCAUUUUAAUUUAAAUGUGAACAUAGCCCCAGAGCUGAUACCAAUUUUUAAAACAACAAUUUAGCCAAUGCCAGUUUUUUCAGUACUUCAUUUGACCACUAAGCUAACAUUUUCUCUCAUGUCUGACAAUGAAAACAGAAUAGUUUGUUGCACAAGUGACUUCUGACC